AUGGCAUCUCAAAUCUUCAACGUUGGCAUUAUCGGCUAUGGCCUAAGUGCCAAGAUCUACCAGAUCCCCUUCAUCAGAGCUGCAAAGGGCCUCAGUCUCUACGCUGUUGUACAGAGAACACCAAAAGCCAACGAUGAUGCUGAGAAAGACUGGCCUGGCAUCAAAAGCUUUCGCAGCACAGAACAGCUAAUCGCGGACCCGGGAGUGGAUGUCGUGGUUGUGACCACCGCGCCAGAUUCUCAUCUUGAGCUGGCGAGAUUGGCUCUGAAUGCUGGAAAACACGUUGUCGUCGAAAAACCAUUUACGCCGACGUACAAAGAGGCCCAAGAGCUCGUUGAGCUUGCGAAAAUGCAAAACCGUCUGCUCACAGUGUACCAAAGUCGCCGUUGGGACGCAGAUUUCCUGACUCUGUCCCAAGUCUUAAAAAACAAGUCUCUAGGACGACUUGUAGAGUAUGAGACCCGUUUCGAGCGCCACGUGCCAGGAGUUCCAGGCUCAGCAUGGCGAACCAAGGCAAUGCCUGGUGGUGGCGCAAUUUACGACCUCGGUGCUCAUCUUAUCGAUCAAACCGUGCAGCUGUUCGGUUUGCCGAAGCGCAUUACUGCGUUCCUUGGCAAUCAGCGAGAUGGAAUAAACGGUAGUGACGACUCAUUCACUGUUUUGAUGCAUUACGAAGGAUUCCUUGCUACAGCCAAGGCGGCCGUUGUCAGCCCACAGGAGAAACAGUUACGAUUUUGGGUUAAGGGUACCCAAGGGACUUAUAUCAAGCAUCACUUUGAUGUACAAGAGGAGCAUCUCAAAGCUGGUAAGCGGCCUGGAGACGAUGGAUAUGGGGUCGAACCAUCUGAGCGAUUUGGUACAUUGACCCAAGCUCAGCCCGAUGGCACAUUCGAGAGCGAGGCUGUACCUACCGUUGAUGCGCCUCUUUACACCGACUUCUAUGACAAGCUUGCCAAGGCCUUGGCCGGCGAGGGAAAUGUCCCUGUAGAUCCUUCUGAAUCUGCCAUCAUUAUUCGGCUUAUCGAGCUCGCCAUUCAGAGCUCCGAGACUGGAAAGACGUUGGAUAUUGACGUUUAA